CGUCGAGCGCUUCUCCUUAUUCUUCUCUCUCUCUUACUUCUUCUAUAGGUGGAUCGGCGUUUAGCGACUGGGUUUCGAGAUCGGAGGAGGGAUCGAUCGAGAUGGGGCGGGGGAGAGUGCAGCUGAAGCGGAUCGAGAACAAGAUCAAUCGCCAGGUUACCUUCUCCAAGCGCCGAUCGGGGCUGCUCAAGAAGGCCCACGAGAUCUCCGUCCUCUGCGACGCCGAGGUCGCCCUCAUCAUCUUCUCCGCCAAGGGCAAGCUGUAUGAGUACGCAACCGAUUCCUGCAUGGAAAAGAUUCUCGAGCGCUACGAACGUUACUGUUAUGCAGAAAAGGCACUAACCUCCUCCGAACCCGAGUUUCAGGGCAACUGGUACCAAGAAUAUGCCAAACUUAAGGCUAAGAUUGAGGCUUUACAUAAAAGCCAAAGGCAUCUCAUGGGCGAGCAGCUUGACUCGUUGUCUCUCAAAGAACUCCAACAACUAGAGCAUCAGCUGGAUACUUCUUUGAAGCAAAUUAGGUCGAGAAAGCACAAAGUUAUGCUCGACUCCAUUACCGAGCUCCAAAGGAAGGUGAAGCAACUACAGGAGCAAAACAAAGGGUUGGAGAAAGAGCUAAUGGAGAAGCAGAAGUUGAAGGUUGUGGCUCAGCAAGCACAGUGGGAACAGCAAAACCCUCCCUCCUCCUUCCUCGUAGCUGAAUCGCACCCCACUCUAUGCAUUGGGACUUCUUACCACGGCGAAGGAGAUGCACAAGCCCAUGUCCGGAACAGCAGCAGCCUGUUGCCACCAUGGAUGCAUCGCCACCUGAAUGGCUAGUUGCGGUCAGUUGCAUCAGAAGAGGAACGCCUUCCAUGCCCCACCUGGAGCUGUAAAUUAUACACAUAAUAUCAAGAUGGUGCAAUGCUAGUAACGCCACCCCUGCAUCUGCUGCGCGAAGAAGUUCAUUUUGGGUCGUCUGACCCUAUCGGCCAUCCAGAACACCUAAGCCAGCAUGGUUAUAUCGACCGCAUGAAGUGUGAAUGUUAUGCAUAUGACUCCUAUGUUCAUAUAUUGGCAGCAGCAUUCCAGUGAUACAAAAGUUGUAAUUCCUAUUUUGAUGCGAGACCGUAGAAUGUAAUUUGUUGUAUCACAAAGUGACACAAACCGUAAUGCAGCAGUAGUGACCUCACAA